AUGGGCGGACAUUGGGCUUUCUACAUCAAAAGUGAUUCUGUUGCAUCGCUUGACCUCGAAAAGUAUCAUUCGAUGCUGCGUGAGAUCAAGAUGAAGGUCCAACAAAAUCCCGAUCAGUACGAGAGCGUUGUGUGGGCAUCUUCAGAGUCAGAUGCUGCAGAAUCCAACAUUUUUGCGACAUUUUCCUACUCAUGUGACCGGCACUCAUGGCAUGGAGAGAGAGGCCCAUGUUGGAAGCUCUUCUGGGAUCCUCUCCAAGUGCCUGGAAAAGAUCGUUUCUCAGAUAUACAUGCCCGAUGCCAGCCUGGUCCCGACUUGGAGAUGACGACGGCUCGGUACGACAUGCAAGCGAGCUUGGUGCGCGCAUUCCCGGAUGUCUUUGAGCUGACGCUUGCUGAUGGGAUUUCAGGCUACGAUGAUCCCUUUGACGAUGGUGCUGACGUGUUUGGGUGGGAUGGUACCUCAGAUGAACAUGACUCAGAGGAGUCCCUGCACGGCCGAGAAGAUUCUUCAGAGGACAUGUUCACACCUGAGGAUGGAUAUUACAUGACAGGGCAAGGCGACAUGGUCUUUGCAUUUCGGGGCGAGCAGCGUGAUUUCACCGCAUGCGACAAAGACUGUGGCUAUUGUGGAAGAUGCCAGUACUGA